AUGGGUGGAGGCCGCGGGGCUCCUGCGAUGGCCGGGCCUGGGCAGCAGGUGCCGCCGAGCAUGCCGGUGGGCAUGGCCCCGUACCAGGGCUAUUACCCCGGCAUGUGGCAGUCGGCAUACCCUCACCCGCCCGCCUACCCUAACCCUCACCUUUACCCGCCCGCGCCAGGUCCCGUCUUUCAGCCCUACCAGUCUCACCCAGGGCCGUUCUACCCUAACAAUGGGUAUGGUGGGUAUGGUGGCUACGGUGCCUAUGGGGGUUACGGGGGCUAUGGCAGCUACGGUAGCUACGGUGGUUACGGUGGUUACCCCGGAUAUCCUGCGAUGUCGCAGCAGCACAGCAUGGGCGUCCCUCCCAAUGGAAGUAUGUCACCGAUGAGAUACUUCUCAGCCAACCCUCUUCACGGGCCUCCGACCCAGCCUGUUCAUGGGCCACAAGGCAUGGUGCAGACCAACCAGCUUGCCCAGACUAUGACUUCCACGGGACAAGCCAACCAGGCUAUCAACCAAGCCCAGGUCAUCUCGCCCAUCCAGCCAGCUGAGACCUCUGGCACGGUGAACCCUACCGCACCAUCAUUCGAGCCUCGUGUCUCUCUUCCUUCAAUUCCCACUGCAUCGGACACUGAGGUCUGGCGUCAAACCCCGUCCUCGUCCUCGCAAGUCUGGGGUAUCCCGUUAUGCCAGAGUGACGAAGCCUACCACGGCUCCUCCUCUUUCCACCCCCCUACCACCUCCUCCUACUUCAACCCGACACAGAGCACCCAAACCUCCAAAUGGGACUUUGGGGCUAGCAGUAACAGUGGUAAUCUUACCACCCAGGCACAGCCUACGUCGACCCGACAAAUCGGCACCGCAAACACUGAGAACCAAUGGGCUAUAACUACAGCCAUUGCUACCACUUUCAUGCCUGCACAAGCAUCGAUGAUUACAGCCACGGCGCCCCCAUUCGUGCCGACCCAAGUCUCGAUCAGCAUGGCCAUGGCCCGCCCUUUUGUGCCGGCAGAAGUGCCCAUCAGCACGCAGACGACCCCCUCAUCCUUGUCGAUGGUUCAGUACAGGGCAAGCCCCGCGGAACAAGAGACCCAGGCACAAAGGGAACGGGAUGAGAUGGUGCAUUAUCUGCGGGACCUCUUGAGAGUAUCUCCCAGAUCCGACAACAACAACAACCAAACCACCGCCGCACAGAACGUGUACGCGAAUACACUUCCGGCAGUCGAGGCUCUGAGCUUGAAUGAAGCCAGAGAGACCAGAAUGCAGCAGCAGAUCACAAGCCCGCAGGAGUUCAGCCACCUCUACCCGACCAACCCGACCAACACUUCCUCCUCGACCUCAGCCCCCGUUCAAACCUAUCCCAAGGAGCCCAGACAACCCGGAUCGCAGCACUCGGCGGGUGGAUCCACAGACUCGAUCCUCCUGUCCGGUAUCAGCACCGUGGUGAAUCGCGAACUGUGGCAGGAUGCGUCUCCCGACCAGACUAGUCGGUCAUACUACUCCGCGGACGAGCAGCAAACUCCGAUGAUCUGGAAUCCGUUCCGCCACAAUAUCUGGACGUGCGACACGCUUAGCCUUUCGUACGGAUACACCGUGUGA